CUUUUGUCUUUGGACCGUGACCUACCAAUGCACCACAUUCAAUAUGAGAACACAGCUCAUGCAAGGGAUCCCAUUGCCAGUGACACAUGGGACCACUCACUAGUAGAAGAGAAUGCACAGCAUCCUUUUACAAACACAUCACUUGAGGUGUGUGCCAUGCAUGUGUUUAUUCUUUCUUAUCUAACAGUCAAACUACUGCAAGAUGCCUCCUUGGAUGAGAUGGCCAAAGCCACUGGCUACAAGGUUGAAUUGUUCCAUGAAUGUCUUGCAGGUCAUGGAAUCAACAUGCAGCAGCAGCAAUCAAUCAGGAAUCAAUCCCAGCAGUACUGCUCAGAGAAGGAGCUUAUCAGCUCUGCUGAAUCUAUGGCUUCUGCUCAACAUACACAAGGAGCUGAUAAGGAUAUCAUUGGUGAAAACAAUCUACUGUAUGCUGAUUCAGCAGCUGACUCUGCAUUCUGUUCAGGCAAAGUUUCUAAGCGCCGUAAACUUGGUGAAGUACUGUGA